GUCGGCUGUGUUUCUAACGUGCACAACCGGAAGUUUCUGCCCGAGGCUUUGCGGUGUUAGGGGAGCGGCGCAGGGAAACGCAGCUGGCAGACCCAGGUGUGGAGGAGCAGGGUGAGGAACAAGGAGGUGAAUGAGGCUGUUACGGACACCCAAGCAACGGGACAUACGCAGACCCCCGACCUGACUGGGACCGCUUUCCUUGCCGCCCUCCUCUUCACCCCGCCCCCACUUGGGUCCGGAGUGGACCCGCCCCCUGGCCUGAACGUGGUCUCUCAGGCACUGACCCUUGACCUAGGGGGUGCUCCCCCAAUCUCUCAGGCGUGAUGGCUACGGGUGCGGAUGUACGGGAUAUUCUAGAACUCGGGGGUCCAGAGGGUGAUGCAGCCUCCGGGACCAUCAGCAAGAAAGACAUUAUCAACCCGGACAAGAAAAAGUCCAAGAAGUCCUCUGAGACACUAACCUUCAAGAGGCCUGAGGGCAUGCACCGGGAAGUUUAUGCCCUGCUCUACUCUGAUAAGAAGGAUGCACCCCCACUGUUACCCAGUGACACUGGUCAGGGCUACCGCACAGUGAAAGCCAAGUUGGGCUCCAAGAAGGUGCGACCCUGGAAGUGGAUGCCAUUCACUAACCCAGCCCGAAAGGAUGGAGCUAUGUUUUUCCACUGGCGACGGGCAGCAGAGGAAGGCAAGGACUACCCUUUCGCCAGGUUCAAUAAGACUGUGCAGGUGCCUGUGUAUUCAGAGCAGGAGUACCAGCUCUAUCUCCAUGAUGAUGCUUGGACUAAGGCAGAAACUGACCACCUCUUUGACCUAAGCCGCCGUUUUGACCUGCGUUUUGUAGUUAUCCACGACCGGUAUGACCACCAGCAGUUCAAGAAGCGUUCUGUGGAGGACCUGAAGGAGCGGUACUACCACAUCUGUGCUAAGCUUGCCAAUGUACGGGCUGUGCCAGGCACAGACCUCAAGAUACCAGUAUUUGAUGCUGGGCAUGAACGACGGCGGAAGGAACAGCUGGAGCGUCUCUACAACCGGACCCCAGAGCAGGUGGCAGAGGAGGAGUACCUGCUACAGGAGCUGCGCAAGAUUGAGGCCCGGAAGAAGGAACGGGAGAAACGCAGCCAGGACCUACAGAAGCUGAUCACAGCAGCUGACACCACUGCAGAACAGCGGCGCACUGAACGCAAGGCCCCCAAGAAGAAGCUACCCCAGAAAAAGGAGGCCGAGAAGCCGGCUGUUCCUGAGACUGCAGGGAUCAAGUUUCCAGACUUCAAGUCUGCAGGGGUCACACUGCGAAGCCAGAGGAUGAAGCUGCCCAGCUCUGUGGGUCAGAAGAAGAUCAAGGCCCUGGAACAGAUGUUGCUGGAGCUUGGUGUGGAGCUGAGCCCCACCCCCACGGAGGAGCUGGUACAUAUGUUCAAUGAGCUGCGCAGUGACCUGGUGUUGCUCUAUGAGCUCAAGCAGGCCUGCGCCAACUGCGAGUAUGAGCUACAGAUGCUGCGGCACCGGCAUGAGGCACUGGCCCGGGCAGGCGUGCUGGGGGGCCCCACCACACCAGCAGUGGGGCCAGUCCCAGCCUCUGCUGAGUCAGCAGUGUCUGAACCUGGACUUGGCCCUGACCCCACUAAGGACACCAUCAUUGAUGUGGUGGGUGCACCUCUCACACCCAAUUCGGCCUUGGGGACGACUGACCUCAGCACCUCCUGUGUCUCCUCAGAGGAAGCGACGGGAAUCGGCCUCCAGCUCAUCUUCUGUGAAGAAAGCCAAGAAGCCGUGAGAGGCCACCCGGAGUGUGGGUGGUGCUGUGGUGUAAAUAGAGCUGCUAACUUAGACUGGGCUGCCUCUGCCUCCUUUCCUGCAUUUCUGAUGCCCCUGGCUGGGAGGGUUAGCCAGGCAGGGGCUCAGCACUGCCACUUCCCAAAGGUAGUAGUGUUUGCCUGUGCUCAGGUCUUUGGUGGCUUCCUUGGCCUCUAACCCCCUGACAACUGCCCCACACCCCUGCACCUUAAACACCUGUGGUCUUACACUCAAGAUGGCCUCACACACAGCAGUGGCUUCAAAUACCAGCAGCUUUGAAUACAGCCUCAUGCUCGGACAGUCUUCACACCCCAAGGCCUGUUUAUCUUCAGUGAGGGUAUUAUAGGGGCUGCAGUGACUGUGGGCUGUACACACCAGUGGCCUUGGGUAGAGGCAGCCCAGAGAAUGCUCCAACUGGUUCCCAUCCUGACAGCACUAGCAUAGCUGUAGCCUUACAAAGAUGGCUGCACACACACCCAAAGCCUUGUUUCCCCGACUUUAUUCAGUGGCACGUUCACAGCGGGGAUGGGGGUAGACACAAGGUGGGGCCUGAUCUGUCCUGGAGCCCUGGGGGCACCACACACCAUGCACUAUGAUGGGAAGGGGGACAGGGAAGCUUGGUGGCCCCAGCAGUAGCCUGUGUGCCAGGGAGGAGGCGGCGGCGAGUGCCUGGGUCCCCCAGCCCAGGCCCACAAUGGGAAGGGCUAAUACUGGGCUGAGACUGAGGGAUGGGGGUGGGGGUGGGCACAAAGUGUCUGCUCCAGAGAGGCCAAGCGGCCAAGUGCUUACCCAGGGCACAAGCCUACAGGGCAGCUGGGGGACACUCUGGGCGCAGGACUGUGCCACUCUCCCUUUUCCCCUCUGGUGAGGGAGAGGAUGAUUCUGGGCUGGGCCAAGCAGCUACCCUGUCCUGCCCCAUCCCGUCCUCGGCCAAUCAGAACGGCUUCGACGUCUGCUUGAAGAUGAAGCCUCGAUAUGCGAGUGUCUUCAUGAUGUUGGCGAUGUUCUUGCAGUCAUCUGUAGGGAGGAACAGAAAGCAUUUAAGUGGGCCCUACAUCCUUCCUCUCCAUGCCCACAGGUGCAUGCACAGGGUGGGAAUGAGAAGCAGGGUUAGGUUCAAGAGCCAUGGGCUCUAGAGGUCCCUGGCCUUGGUGGCAGCAUCUCUGGCUUCAGGUUAGACUGGAUGACACUGGGCCAGCAGGAAGCCUGGUCUUGAGGCUUUUCAGCCCCAUAAUUCAUGCUGGAAAUUGGCCGGCAUGUCCUGUCCCGGCCCCGGCGGUGAUGUAUGGGCACCGUCGCAGUAAGAAAAAGGCAGAGUAAAUGUGUAAUUUCUCCCUUGACGGCCCCCGGCCGCUGGGCGAUCCUUCUUGUUGCCGCCGCGUGGGGACGGCCCGUCCGCCACACUCCGUCUUCCCGCCACCCGCCUUGAUGUCUCCAUUUCAUUACUGUGUGGCCAUUCAUCACGCCCAUGGCCAGGGUGACUUUGCCGGCACUUGCAUAUGUGGGAGAUGUGGCCCAGGCCAUAAUCACUGGUGACAAGACACAAGGCUCAGCACUCCUGGGCCAGGGCCCUGGGAGUCACACCUGCUCUGGAUACCUGUCUCUGUGUGGUCUUGGAUAGGCCAGGGAGAGCCCAGAUUUAUGGCCUCUUUCAGUCCUGGCCAUCUGCUAGACUCAUGUAUGUCAGCCCAUUGCCUUGCCUGUCCUAGUAGGAUCAAAGCCGGGUGCUGGUCACUUUCUUGGGCCCUGCCUCUGCCCACACCCCAGAUUAAAUGUCUGCUUGUGCCAGACCCUAUCACAAUUUCUCCACUACGGGUCUCUUGUGUAAAACUUGAUGCUCUGGACACCCUGGAGGUCAUAUGCAGGAAUGCUGGGCCUUGGGAUCAUGGACAUAGGUCAGGACUUACUCCACGACUGCCAGCAGGAGGGGCAGCUGCCCAGAGCAGUCACCAGCUGCUAUGCUGUCACCUGCCUCUCCUCUCACUCCUUUCCCAUCUCCCAUGCUCCUGGGCCAUGACCAGGGCCUCAGCCGCCACCAGCCCUGAGGGGAUCAAUGCUGUGAUUGCAGAAAUAUUGUACAUCGAUGUCAUCAUCAAGUAUGGGGGGUUGGUAAGGUCAAGGUAGGGUCAGGAAGCCUCUGCAUUUGUCAAGGACUGUCCCUUCCACUGGUCUCCAGACUGUUCCUUGCCAGGACCUCAACCUAGAAAAGGCAACCCUCUGCCUUAGAGCUAGGAAAAGGCUGUGGGUUGGAGAAGAGUGUCUGGUCAGCCCAGGGCCUGUCACUAGCCAGUCACCAGUUCAGCAGAUCCUGCUUGGGGCAGGCAAAUCACAGUCCUGUCUUGCAGAGGUCAACAUGCAUGUACCUGUGGUAGAUACAGGUGUAGAGAUGUGACACCUUGUUCCCCAGGGGCUCAGGCAGCCAUGAGGGCUGGUCUAAGGCAGAAUGGUGGGAAGACAGAUGGGUGGGUAGUGGCGGCCAUGGCAACUCCAGACGUGACCCAUCCCCGUGGUUUAUGGGCCGGACACGCACCCGGCUCAGCUGAGGCCCUGUCAUUUGUCUCCCUUAGUGUGUAUGCCUGGGCUAUUGGGUGUACAGGGUGGAGGAGGGAGGGAGCUGUGACAGGAAGAGCAGGCAGUUGACAGGGGAAUAAGACAAGAAGGGGCUUGGGAGGAGGAGGGGUUACGGUGGGGUCUAGGGUCUGUGAUGGCACUGUUGGAGGGGUUGAUAGGGUGAUUUUCUUCCCAAAUAAGCCUUGCUGUCGGGCACCUCCAAUCCUUCCUGUCUCUUGCACUCUAGGGACUGUGGCUGCUGUGCAUAUUAAGAAUAAGUCCCCUCGUUAUCUGCAAUUACCCAGCGGCCACACACCUCAUUUCUUGCAGCAGAAAAGAAAAUUAGUUUUCUAUUGACUUCAUCUAGCUCCUCCCUCAUCACUGGACAAAUCGCUCAAUCUGCCUCCCUUCACCCAAGUGACUGUCCCGGCCCAGACCCCGAGGCCACCAGUCAUCCAAUGGGCAAGCACUGAUCUCCUACCUGUGUGGGAAAGGGUCGCAUGCCUCAGUCUCUGCCCUUGACCUGUCCCAUGCUGCACAAUGGAUGACUUCACCCAAAUCCUAAGCUUAGGCUGCCCUGAAGGUGACCCUCACCAGUCUCACCUCCCCCUGAGCUCCACACCAUAAAUUCCAAUGUCUUUUGAACAUUUCUUUCUAAAUAAAGGCACAAAAUGCUCCCAUAAUGAA